CCCAAAUUUCACUCUAUCCCCCACCACCAUCCUCCUUCAAUAUCUCAGUCUUUGGUCCUCUCUAGUCUAUAUAUAUAUAUAUCCCCCCCAACCAUGAACCUUCCCACUUCAGUUCACCCUCCAUUUCUCCAACCAGACCAUCUUCCACACACAAAAUUACCAAAAUGGGCUCCCUCCCUCACAUAGUAGAAGACUGCAUGGGCAUCUUACAAGUCUUUAGCGAUGGUACGAUCAACCGUUGCUCUUUAAUGGACAUAGACUUCAACAUUCCUGUCGUCGAUGACAACUCUGUGGCCUUCAAAGACGUCGCUUUCGACAAAAGAUACAACCUCUCCCUCCGUUUGUACAAACCCAAAUCGGCAAACCGCAAUUCCAAGCUCCCCGUGGUGUUCGUCGGCUCAUUUGUGUGGCCAAACUGCCACAACUGCUGCCUCCGCCUGUCUGCGGGGCUCCACGCGCUCGUGGUUGCCCCUGACUACAGGCUUGCGCCGGAGCAUAAGCUCCCAGCGCCAAUUGAUGAUGCGGUGAGUGCGGUGGAGUGGCUGCAAAGGGAGGCUUUGAUGAGUAAAAGUGGCGAUUGUGAUGCAUGGAUGGGUGGUACCGCUGACUUUGACCGGGUUUUCAUUGUGGGCGACUCUUCUGGCGGGAAUAUGGCCCACCACCUGGCGGUUCGGCUCGGGGCCGGGUCGGCCAAGGUAGCGCCGGUUCGGAUACGUGGGUAUGUGCUACUAGCGCCAUUUUUUGGUGGGGUGGAGAGGACAAGGUCAGAGGAAGGGCCUUGUGAGGCAUUGUUGAGUUUGGACAUACUUGACAGAUUUUGGAGACUCUCAAUGCCAGCAGGAGAAACCAGAGACCACCCACUGGUGAACCCAUUUGGACCAAACAGCCCAAACCUAGAGAAAGUGGCCCUUGAUCCAAUCUUGGUUAUUGUGGGCGGCAAUGAAAUUUUGAAAGAUAGGGUGGAGAGCUACUGGAGAAAGCUGAAAGACUUGGGGAAGAAAAUUGAGUAUGUGGAAUUUGAGGGACAACAACAUGGGUUUUUAACUGCUGAUCCAUACUCAGAAGUCUCAAAUGAAGCUUUGCAAUUUAUUAAAAGAUUUAUGAUUGAAAACUCCAACUAAAUUAAGCAUCAUCAUGCAUGUAAUGUUUGUUCAGUUUCUAGAACUUUGAUUUCAUUAUUUAUUAGAAGUGUUUGAGGUUGUUGUA